UAGCCGUGCUUGAGACUCCAGCGGAAAUGCGUCAAGGGGACUUUUGUUGUAUUUCCGUUAUGGCGGAGCACACAGAGGCAGAAGGCAUUGGCCUGGCCGCUAACAGCAUGGCUCAGCAGCCAGCAAUCCGUUUCCCUGCCACUGCCCCUCCUCCUGCCAACCUCUCCACCCGCAGGCAGCCUUUACUGAGCACCCCUGUGCCUCCCUUUCCUAUGAUGAGGGGUCCUCCACCUCCUGCCCGGCCGCCCUUCGGACGGAUUCCCUUUGACCCCAGUGUGCCCCCUCCCAUGGGUGCCCCUCCUUUACAGAGACCCCCGUUUAUGCCUCCACCUGGAGGAUCCAUGCCGCCUCCACCUGGCAUGAUUUUCCCUCCAGGAAUACCACCUACAGCCGCUCCUGCUCCUGCUCCUCCUUCUACAGAAGAAAUCUGGGUGGAGAAUAAGAGUCCUGAGGGAAAGGUGUAUUAUUACAAUGCACGCACAAGGGAGUCAUCCUGGACGAAGCCUGAAGGAGUGAAGAUGAUCCAUCAGGCUGAGCUGGGUCCAAUGAUGCUGAGCCAGGUAGCGGCGGCAGCAGCAGCCAGUGGAGGUUCCACCGGGCCUGGUCCAUCUGUCAGCAUCCCAGCUGCAGCCAACAGCACUACAACCACACACACCUCCCAGAGCCCCUCCACGGUCAUGAGCUCCACUUCCUCUCCCAGCAUCACAGCAGCCUCACCUCUCCUCCCAACACCUGUGUCAGUCCAUGAUGUCGUGGAGAUGCCUUCAGUUGUAGCCACAACCCCCAGUGCCAUGGCAACCCCAAUAGCAGCUGUCAAUCCUCCAACGGUUACGGUCGCCAUGACUACAGGACCGCCACCUCUGCCAGUGACAUUGCCCCAUGCUGUGCCACAGCCUGCUGCUCCAAUGCCAGGAUUCCCUCCUGUCAUGGUGCCACCCUUCAGAGUGCCCCUGCCUGGCAUGCCCAUUCCACUGCCCGGUGUAGCAAUGAUGCAGAUAGUAAGCUGUCCCUAUGUAAAGACUAUCUCUCCUACCAAAAACGGUAUGCUCCCUGGCAUGGCACCACCCUUGGUACCCAUGAUGCCCCAUCAAAUGGCGAUGGUUGGGCCCUCAGGACUGCCCGGAGCUCUGAGUACAUCUGACUGGACUGAGUUUAAAACCCCAGAGGGAAAAUCCUACUACUACAAUAAAUACACACAGGAAACCACCUGGGACAAACCAGAAGAACUCAAAGAGACAGAAAAAGAGAGUGAGAAGAUCAAAGAUGCAGCUCUUAACAUGAUUGAUGCUGAAAUCAUGGACAUGCAAGUUGGAAGCCCAAAAAUUGACCCACCAAAAGAGAAGAAAGAGGAGCUGAAAGAGGAAGAGAUGACAGAGGAACAGAAGGCAGCGAAAAAGGCAAAGCCUGUUGCAACCACACCUAUUCCCGGCACGCCAUGGUGUGUGGUGUGGACGGGCGAUGAGCGGGUGUUCUUUUAUAACCCAACCACGCGUCUGUCCAUGUGGGAGCGGCCGGAGGAGCUGGUGGGACGGGUUGAUGUAGAUAAAGCGAUUCAGGAACCUCCCCACAAAAGAGGCCUGGACAACAGCCAUAAACUGGUGCUGGCUAAAGAGGAGCAGGAGUUUGCUGUAGCAGAAGACAUACCUGAUGAUGAACCCAGCAAAGCCAAGAGACGAAAGAUAGAGGAGAAGAAGGAGGCCGACUCGGAGAAGGAGGCAGCUAUGGAGGCAGAGCUUAAGGCAGCGCGUGAGAGAGCCGUGGUACCUCAGGAAGCUCGGAUGAAUCAGUUUAAAGACAUGCUGCUUGAGCGAGGGGUCUCUGCGUUCUCUACAUGGGAGAAGGAGCUUCAUAAGAUUGUAUUUGAUCCACGUUAUCUGCUGCUCAAUCCCAAAGAGAGAAAACAGGUGUUUGAUCAGUAUGUGAAGACGCGUGCUGAGGAGGAGAGGAAAGAGAAAAAGAAUAAAAUCAUGCAGGUCAAAGAUGACUUCAGGAAAAUGAUGGAGGAAGCUAAACUGGGUGUCAGAACAACAUUCAGUGAGUUCGCUUCCAAACACGCCAAGGAUUCACGCUUUAAGGCCGUUGAAAAGAUGAAAGACAGAGAAGUCAUUUUUAAUGAAUAUAUGAUGGCCUUCAGAAAGAAGGAGAAAGAGAACUCAAAGAAUCGUGGGGAGAAGGUCAAGCAAGACUUUUUUGAGCUCCUGUCAGAUUACCAUGUGGAUGGUCAGCAGCGCUGGAGCAAAGUGAAGGAAAAGAUGGAGACUGACCCUCGCUACAAGGCUGUGGAAGCCUCUGCAGCUCGAGAGGAACUCUUUAAAAACUAUGUGGAGCGUCUUGCCAAGAAUCCAAACUCUGAGAAAGAGAAGGAGCUAGAGAAACAGGCCCGGGUAGAGGCCAGUCUAAGGGAAAGAGAGCGCAGGGAGGAGGCCAUCCAGAAUUUGAAAGCACUCUUGUCUGAUAUGGUGAAGACGCCUGAUGCAAACUGGUCGGAGACACGUCGGAUCCUGAGGAAGGAUCACCGCUGGGAGUCAUCCUCACUGCUGGAGAGGGAUGAGAAAGAGAGGCUUUUUAACGAGCACAUCGAGGUCCUCGCAAAGAAGAAAAAGGAGCAAUUUCGCCAACUUCUGGACGAGACGAUCUCGAUCAAUUUGAUGACAUCUUGGAAAGAAGUGAAGAAACUCAUUAAAGAAGAUCCAAGAUGCAUCAAGUUUUCCAGCAGUGACAGAAAAAGACAGAGGGAGUUCGGUGAUUACAUCAAAGACAAGUACAUCACAGCCAAAGCAGACUUCCGAACUCUUCUGAAAGAGACCAAGUUCAUCACCUACAAAUCACGUAAGUUGAUGCAGGAGUCAGAGCAGCACUUGUCUGACAUAGAGCAGAUCUUGCAAAAGGAUAAAAGGUUCCUUGUACUGGACUGUAUGUCAGAAGAGAGGCACAAACUCCUCAUGGCGUAUGUGGAGGAGCUGGACCGCAGGGGACCACCUCCUCCUCCCACUGCCUUUGAACCUGCUCGACGCUCCACUAAAUGAUAACACCCACCUCCCAGAUAUUUUUUCCCACUCCUUGGGCCCACACUACCGCCGUUCACAUUAUAGACUCACAGAAACGGUAAAUCACUCCAGUUCAAAGGUUCUACUUGUCAAACCUUUUAAAGUGAAUGGUACAUACCCACUUGCCCCUAGCUCAUGCCACAGAGAACAUCAUGAGAUAAUGACCAGUCAAUUCAGCUAAGCAUAAGACACAGACUAAGUAUUUGGACCAACUGGAAGGGUUUUUAUAUAAUGCCUUUCUAGGUCAUCCCCACAAGGAGACACAAUGUUUUCAUGUUCUUACACAAACUCUUUAUCCGUCCAUUCGAGGGAUAAAGCCACAUUAGAUGCUCAACUGGUGAUUGCAGAGGGAGGUAUGACCACCUGGUGCAUAUCAACCCUUUUUUUUCCUCCAGCCCCCUGCUACAGUCUCAAAUUGCAAACAUCAGUUCCGUUUCACACGUCCAGUCUUUUGCUCCAAACUGUUAAGAAACUGAUUUGCUGAAAUUGGGAGAACCUCCCAAUUUUGUGAACAUUUUUUGGUGACUUUAGUCACCCACAGGGAUAUUCAAGAAUUAUGAAAGCCUCUCUGUGUAUAUGUAAUUUUAACUGACUGUUGGGUUAACAUGUAAGAUGUUUCUAGAUGAAUAUAUAUGGAAAAUACGUAUUCAUUAGUUUGUUUAGUGUGUUACAACUGACCAUAUGAGCACUGGCAGUUGGCCAUGUCAACUGGUCUUACAGUUUAAUUUAAUUGUUCAGAUGUUUCUUAAAAAAGGAUAUUGUUUUUUUGGACUUGCUUUAUGUACAGCUGAUGUUGAAUAAAAGCAAUUUUUUUUUU